AUGUUUCUAUCGCCGUCACAAGUUCUUUAUACUCACCAAUAUGAUCCGGAAAUUCGAAAGUCAACAGAGCAGACGUUUUCGGAAUUAACGAAGAGUUCUAUACAGGGAUCGGUGUUUCCAAAACUUCAGGUUGUCAAAAAGGACGGUUUCUAUUUUACUUUGAACGAUGCAAAACUUCAGGUGUAUAGGCACUUGGAGAAGCUUGGUAAAUGUGGAAGUGUCGAGGUGGAAAAGGUGGCGCUUAAAGAAGUACCGGAAGGUAUCAGACAGCUCAUGAAAGCCCCCGAAAAAGUCAAACGGCGUAGAAGUGAGAUGUCAAGAACGAAACAUGGCGGAAAGUAUACCAGUGUUUCCUCAUCUUCCACGAUAGAUAUUCCCGAUGAAAACUCACUUGUGCUGGCCUCGUGUGAUGAUGACGAAACUUCUGGUGAAGAGAGUUCUGAUAUAGAAGAUACAGAUUCUGACUCUUCAGAUUGGAGUGAUGAAGAUGUCUCGGACACAGACAUACAGACAGACGAAGAUGAAAGGUCAAGGUUGCAAAAACAGGAUUACUCCGCGGCGAACAUCGACGAAAACGAAAGUUUCAUUUGA